AUGGCGGCUGUUCGCGUGGCCGACAGCGCCGCGGCCAUGGCUAUGGCCGUGGUGCUGCUGCUGCUGCUGACGGCAUCGGCGGUGGAGUCGGCGGGGAGCAGCAGCACGGUCGUCGCCGGCAUGGUGUUCUGCGACCAGUGCAAGGACGGUGCCCGGGGCCUCUUCGACUACCCCCUCUACGGUGCGCGCGUGGCGAUCCAGUGCGGCGGCGGCGACACCCCCAUGACGGUCCGGGAGUGCAGCACCAACUGGUUCGGCGGCUUCUCCGUCAGGAUGGAGGGCUCCCCGGACAUGAACCGCUGCACGGCGCGCGUCGUCCACGCCAGCGGCCACUGCUCCGACUCCGGCGCCGCCGAGCCGCGGGAGCUCACCCUCGCAUUCCGCAUGCUCGGCCUCGCGCUCUACACCGUCCAGCCGCUCCUCUCCCAGCCCGACAAACCCAUGGACUUCUGCCCCGCCGUCCCGCACGCACCUCCCGCUCCGGCCGCGGUUGCCGCCAACGCUCCAUCGUCUUCGCCACCAGCGCCGCCUCUGUCGGUGGCAGCGCCGGCCCCAGUGUCGUCGCCUGCGCCGCCUCUGCCCCCGUUCUGGCGACGCAGGCCGCGGCUCCUGCCUCCCAUCUGGCGCCGCCCGCCUACGGUGCCGCAGGAGCGUCCCGCCCUACCGAACCCAGAGCCCCAACCGCUCCCCACGCCGCCACCACCCUCCACGCCACCUCCAUCCCAGGGCUCAGCGUGCGCGUACGACAGGUGGGCGGUGCCUGAGCACCGGUGCCACUGGAAGGUGGUGACCCCCAACACCACGGUGGCCAUGGCGUUCGGCCCGCUGGCGGCGCAGCGGUACGGCCCGGACAUGACCCUGCGCGACGCGCUCGACGGCCGCGGCGACGCCUACCGUACGCUGCUCCGAGAGGCCACGGCGGCGCUGCUCAACGCUUACUACAACGCCCCCGGAGGACCCUUCCUGUACCCGACCACAGCCAGCGUCAUCGACCACCUCAACGGCGCGCUCCUCAGUUCCGCCCAGCGCGUGCUCAUCGAGGGCGCCCGCUUCCGCCGCGCCAACGCCGGCGGCGGCGGGCCUGCCGGACGGACCAAGCUGCCGUGCGAGCUUGCGCCAUGUGGUAUAGCUAACUAG